CCCCCCGCGAUCACAACACAGCCGGCUACGGAGGCCCCUAACGUACAAAUAUCUCUCUGCCUGUCGUAGGUUCUGUACCCCUGCCGCUCCCUCAGGUCCUAGGGCCCUCCGGCCAAUUGCCGUAAGGAACUUAAGCCGGUUCCUUCCAGAGGCAGUAGCUCCUGAUUCCCGUCGCGGAAACCGGAGUCUCCUCAGCCGCUACGGCCUCUCUCAACCCUUCCCCCCACCUCGCGGAAUUGUGGCGGGAGGGGGAGGAGGGAGCCAAGGCGCCUGCGCGGAGAGGCCGCUCUCCAUCCGGGUCUCUGUCCGUGCGGUGCAGCAGGUCGGUAGGCGGGAAAUGGCGACUGGCUGAGGGAACUGCUGUUGCUGCUGCUGCUACUGCUGCUGUUGCGGAGGAAGCGGGAGAGACACCACACUGUGCGCAGCCGGGACUGCCGCUGGAGUCCGAGGACACUUUUCUACCGUCACAGUCAGAUUACUCUUGCAGCUGCAUCAGAAAUCUGAGCGGGAUGACUUGGUUAUUUUAUUUACCAAAGCUGAUUGAAGCAGAUACAUGUGAAGUCAUUGGGAGGUGAACCAUCUCCAAUUCAACAGUUUUACAUGUGGCACCCAUAAAAGAUGAGGCUGAGAACUCGGAAAGCUUCUCAGCAGUCAAAUAAAAUUCAUACACAACGUGCAGUCAAGGCAAAGAGGAAACAUUCAGAGAUUGAAGAUAGUUUACCUGCAGGAGUAGAAAAAACACAGAAGAAUGAAACCGGCUUGUUAUCAUCAAUUAAAAAAUUCAUUAAGGGAAGCACACCCAAGGAAGAGAGAGAAAAUCCUUCCAAGAGGAGUAGAAUAGAACGGGAUAUAGAUAACAACUUGAUCACAUCAACACCUCGAACAGGAGAAAAGCCCAAUAAACAGAUAUCUCGAGUAAGACGGAAAAGUCAAGUAAAUGGAGCUGGUAGUUAUGAAAUGACAAAUCAACAUGUAAAACAAAAUGGAAAACUAGAAGAUAGUCCUGCCACUGGGAGUCCUCCAAGGACUACGUUGUUGGGCACCAUUUUUUCUCCUGUCUUCAACUUUUUCUCACCAGCAAAUAAAAAUGGAACAUCAGGAUCAGAUUCCCCCGGACAAGCUGUGGAAGCUGAAGAAAUAGUAAAACAGCUUGAUAUGGAACAGGUAGAUGAAAUCACUACCAGUACAACUACAUCAACAAAUGGAACAGCUUAUUCAAAUCAAGCAAUUCAAGUCAGGCCUACAAUAAAUAAUGGCUUAGAAGAAGUGGAAGAAGCAACUAAUCGUGAUAUACCACCUCUUACAGCACCUGUGUCUCCAGAUAGUGGUUAUUCAUCAGCCCAUGCAGAAGCAACCUAUGAAGAAGAUUGGGAAGUAUUUGACCCCUAUUAUUUUAUCAAGCAUGUUCCCCCAUUGACAGAGGAACAACUAAAUAGGAAGCCAGCUCUUCCUUUGAAAACAAGAAGUACACCAGAAUUUUCCCUAGUCCUAGACUUGGAUGAAACACUAGUGCACUGUAGUUUAAAUGAACUAGAAGAUGCUGCACUCACUUUUCCAGUCCUUUUCCAAGAUGUCAUUUAUCAGGUUUAUGUGCGAUUAAGACCAUUCUUCAGGGAAUUCCUGGAACGUAUGUCUCAAAUUUAUGAGAUCAUUCUUUUUACUGCUUCUAAGAAGGUGUAUGCAGACAAGUUACUGAACAUACUAGACCCUAAAAAGCAGCUGGUCAGGCACCGACUUUUCCGUGAACAUUGCGUGUGUGUACAAGGAAACUACAUAAAAGACUUAAACAUCCUUGGAAGAGAUCUUUCAAAAACUAUCAUAAUUGACAAUUCACCACAAGCCUUUGCCUACCAACUUUCUAAUGGAAUCCCUAUAGAGAGCUGGUUCAUGGAUAAAAAUGACAAUGAACUCUUAAAAUUGAUUCCUUUUCUGGAGAAACUUGUAGAACUGAAUGAGGAUGUUCGACCUCACAUCAGAGACAGAUUUCGCUUGCAUGACUUGCUACCCCCAGAUUAAAUAUGAAGAUUUUUUUCAAAUCACUGAAGGGGGAGAAAAUGCAGGACCCUUAUGGACUAGAACAAAAACAUUGCCAUUACUGUUGAAAUUUUGCAUUUUUGUACCCCGUCUUGCUUUUCUUAUCUUUGGUGCCCAACAAUAAUCAAGGGUUACAGAAAGAGACUUUAUAUAUAUAUACAUACAUGCAUAUAUAUAUAUAUAUAUAUAUAUCUCAGAUUGAAUACAUACAGUAGGUAGGCUAGAACAGAAAAGUCUUUAGAACUAGUGCAACUCCAGUGAAAAUUUUUUAUGUCCAGGACAUCUGCAGUUUAUAAAGAAUUCUGUUUCUGCCACCAGCAGUUUGACCUGUAGAAACACAGGAUUUUAUGAUAAUAACAGAGAUGAAAAUGGACUUUUAUUUUCUCUCUGUUUGGUGCUCUAAGUGGGUUUGUAGCCACUUUUCUGUUACUUUAAGAUUCUCAUUUCAACAGGAAUGGCCAGUAAAAAGUUGUUUUAUUUUUCCUGUUAAGGUUUAUAACCUUUUUACAUUUUUGACCUGUAUUAGAAUAGAAUUUCAUUAUGCAUUCCUUUUAGUUGAGGCGCUUCAUAGUUUUCUGGAAAUAGCCAAAUUUUAGUUUUUUAUUAUACAAUUGAAUGGCCGUUUUCCUGCUUUGUCUGCCUGCAUACUGUAUAUUUGUUUAAAAAUAUUCUCUAGUUUUAGUCCAUGUAAGUUUCAUUUAGAAAUACCUGCAUUUAUAUUUUGUUUCUGUAAUAUUCUACUGUAGUUGAAAUCUUUUCAAAAAUCAAGAGACUGGUAGAUAAGAAUAUAUGAAUGACUAAUAUUCAAAAGAUUUAAACCAUUGUGAUGGCAUGUAUUCCAGAUGACAAUAUCUUGCAGUGGCACAAAAUGUGACUGGAUAAGUCAUACCUCAGACUAUGCUGUGCACACAAAUCUUUGAGGAGAAUAUAUGUUUGGUCAACUGUUGGGCUUGAUGCAAUUCAGUUACUGCUGCCUUUGGUUUUCUCCAGGAAUGAAGUAUUCUGCACAGUCGCUCAGUAUUUGCAGUUGUUUUGCAUGGGCUGGUAGUACCUCUGUUAUGCUAUUGACAACAAUCAGUUCAAAACCCUGUGUAACAGUGUCAGUACCUCACAGGAGCUCCGCACACUCCUGUGGUGCAGAGUACCCCCAUGCCGCCAGUGCUGUGCAUAUGCUAUCAUAGUGGUUUUCUAUGUUAUAUGGAAAGAGUCUUCAGGCCUUGGUUCUCUAAUGCAGCUACCAUAAGAGGUUGAUAUUUUUAUAAUGGUGUGUAAUCUCCUUUUCAGGAGGCUUUUUAUGGAAGGUAGAAUUUGUAAAAGUUAGUAUGCUUGGCCUCUCGACUGCAUUAACAUGCCAUGGGCUCAGACUGUUUUUGUGUAAAGGAUGUCAAAGAACGGCACUUUUUCUAAAGAGAAGUUUGAUAUUUUGUAUGCUUGUUAAGAAAGUACAGUAUUGGAAAUUAAAGGUGGACAACUGAUAAUUGAGAAGUAUGUCAAUUAAUUUUUUAUGUAUAUUACCUGUUUACUUGUACAACUUUAUUGUACAAAUUACAUGCAGCUUCAUUUUCAAAUGAGUCCUUAAAAUAAGGAAAUCUUUUUAGGAAAACAUUUAAUUUUUGUAUUUUUGAUUUUAAAGGCAUGAGUUAUGUCAAUUUUCAGUGUAUUAAUGAAGAUUUUAACUUUUCAUCAGGUUGAGUGUUUUCUUACUAUAUUAUCUGUUGUGUAUGUAGUUAGCACAUUGUGUCACUGAACUGUUCAAAAAAUUUAGCAUGUAGAAAAAGCCUGUUUUGUGGAAAAUCUUUAUUCAUUAAAAAAAAAUCAUGGCAGAUUUUCUGCAAAAAAAGCAAAAGCAUUUGCAAUUCAGAAUACUGAUUUUUUUGUAUUUAAAGAAAGGUAUUUUGCUUGCAGGAAAAGAUACUACAGAUUCGUUUUAAUGAGAAUCUUUGAAAUGUAUUUAUCUUUAGGGCAUCUGGGCAUCUUUACACUGUUUGUCUUCUGUCUUUAUUGAAAUAAAAUGUACAUAACAUUACCUUUA